AUGAUUUCAACGAAUUCCUCCGUACAAUCAGAGAUCCCCAAUAUCGGUUUUCUCUUCCCACGUAUUAUUCCACUUGUAAAUCCUCCAAAAACCCCCAAAUGGGUUACCUGUUAUCUCCUACAUCACCCGCCGGAAAAUGGAUGGGCUUUGUCACCGCCGUGUGGGUUCAAGCCAUAUCCGGUAAUAAUUACACCUUCUCAAACUAUUCCGACGCCCUUAAGUCUCUAAUGGCACUCACUCAGCUCCAACUCAAUAAUCUCUCUGUCGCUAAAGACGUCGGAAAAGCGUUUGGGAUCCUCGCUGGUCUCGCCUCCGACCGUAUAUCACCUUCCGCCCUCCUUCUCAUUGGUUCAAUUGAAGGUUUUAUUGGUUAUGGCGUCCAAUGGCUCGUCGUUAGCCAGAGAAUCCAACCUCUUCCUUACUGGCAGAUGUGCAUAUUUCUGUGUAUGGGAGGAAACAGUACGACAUGGAUGAACACUGCGAUUCUAGUGACUUGCAUUCGUAAUUUCCGGAAGAACAGAGGUCCAGUUUCCGGAAUCCUUAAAGGCUACGUCGGAUUAAGCACUGCCAUCUUCACCGAUAUCUGUACAGCUCUCUUCAAUAACGAUCCAGCACGUUUUCUCCUCAUGCUAACCGUCGUUCCCUUCGUCGUUUGUCUCUUCGCCAUCGUCUUCCUCCGUGAAAUUCCACCGUCUUCCACCGCCGCGGAAGAAAAAUCCGAAACUCGUUACUUCGCUAUAUUCAACGUCCUCGCCGUCUUUAUCGCUGUUUACUUGCUAAUCUUCGACAUCACCGGAGACCAUGGCCUUUCACUCUCACGAGUAUUUUGCAUCGUUUUACUCAUCCUUUUAGCUUCUCCUUUAUCAGUUCCGGUGUACCUCGCGAUUCAAAACCUUAUCCGUUCAGACCACAAAACCCUAGACGUAGAAGCAACUGCAAACACAACAACCGAACCUUUGCUUAUACAACAAGAAGAACAAGCCACCGAGACGGUGGCGGCAGUGGCAGAUGACUCAAAGGCAUCGUUAGCGGUGGUGGAAAAGAUGCCGCCUGUGAUCGGAGAAGAACACACGGUGUUUGAGGCGUUGCAAACCGUCGAUUUUUGGAUUUUGUUUGUCUCGUUUCUGUGUGGGGUAGGAACAGGUCUCGCAGUUCAGAACAAUAUGGGUCAAAUGGGCCUGGCUCUUGGGUACGCUGACGUGUCAAUAUUCGUUUCGUUGACAAGUAUUUGGGGCUUUUUCGGUCGGAUCGGAUCCGGGUCGAUUUCGGAGUAUUUCAUCAAAAAAGCCGGAACACCAAGACCUUUAUGGAAUGCAGCAUCUCAAAUUCUAAUGGCGGUGGGUUAUGUUCUUAUGGCCAUAGCCAUGCCCGGUUCACUCUACAUCGGUUCGAUCGUGGUUGGAAUCUGCUACGGGGUGCGGUUAGCCGUCACGGUCCCAACCGCAUCUGAACUCUUCGGUCUCAAAUGUUACGGUCUCAUUUACAACCUCCUCAUUCUCAACCUCCCACUCGGUUCGUUCCUGUUCUCCGGUCUGCUCGCCGGAUUCUUGUAUGACGCGGAGGCUACCGCCACCACCGGUGGCGGCAACACCUGCAUCGGUGCACAUUGCUACCGUCUUGUGUUUAUAGUGAUGGCUUUCGCGUGUGUGGUUGGGUUCACUUUGGAUGUGUGGUUGGCGAUUAGAACUAAAGGUUUGUAUUCGAGGAUUUACAUGAGUAGGAAGUCGAAGAAGUCUAUGGCGGCAUCUGGUGGUCGGUGAUGGCGGCAGGAGGUGGAGGGUUGAUGGGAAGUAUUAAUUCCCGGUGACACUCUUCAGCUUUAUAAUUAAAAAGUAGAUUUGGUAUGGGUUUUAAGAUGCAUUCCACUUUUUUAUGUUUGCAAGUGUAAAACUGGUUAGUAGAAUUCAGUAGUUGGAUACCUAUGUCUAUUCUUUUG